AUGUCAAACGGAAGAGUGACGAAGAGACCAGUAAACAGUCUCAUACCACUAGAAUUACUGGAUUCGGAUCCCGACCACGAACACCUACCCACCCACGAAAACCCACCUACACCCACCGAACUUCCAAGCGAACCCUCACCUGAAACCCCAGGGCGCCCCAAGCGAAACCCCUCCAAACAGUACCCGUACAGCCCCGAAGAAAUGGCGAACGACCCAAACGAAUUCAUCGACAACUUCAUGAACACCUUCAAUAAACGAAGUUCGAUGUUCGAAGAAUCGGAGCUUCAGCGAAGACUGGACGUCGUAUAUGCCGAAAUAACGAAGCUUAUUCAACAACGUCAAAAAAUCGAAGAAGCAUAUUCACAACUCAAGGAAAAGGCCAGCGUAUUCGACCCGGAUCCAGCACGAGCGAAACCGCUCUACGACUUAAAGAACGAACUUAUCGCGGCUAUCGAACACUUGAAGGAAAGAUGGGAAAAAGUACAAGUUGUAUCUCAUCUUUUAUGGGAAGUCUACGACAGCCUAGUGCAACGGGACGCCUCGCGUUUCUUUAGCCGACAAAUGUUCGAAAAUCGUCCACGACCAGGAGGACGCAUCAACUCGAAGGACUUCAAUCUCUUCGUCAUCCAAGAAGAAACCCAACUGUUGCGAGGCAAACAAGGAGCACUCGAAGUUAUGGACAUCGUGCCAUUUCUCAACCCACACGUGGAGACGGAUAACUCACCCUAUGUGUCCGAAGACGUCGACAUCCACUCGAAGCUCGACGAUAUCGAGAAAAUUCUGCACACCAUCCUCGAAGACAAGAAUAACCCCACGCGUUCCCCGGACAUUGAGUCUAUUUUGCGCAAGUUACACAGAAUCGAAUCCAUGCUCCUCGAAGAGAAAGCUAAACGUGUCGAAGGAACCGCCUCGCAGCAACUACGUCAGAUAACAACGCUGAUUGAUGAGAAAUCUCGCCAUUUGGAAGGAAAAAUCUCGGACAGUACGGAACUCAUAGUAAAUUCCAUGAUCAAUCUCAUGACUCAAAUAUCGGCCAUACUGCGCACGGACCAACCGUCUGAACACCAGCGCUCCAGCACUCCGUCGGAAACCCCUCAGAAGACACGAAAGGACCGGUCUCGCCCACCAGCCAAGCGUCCCCCUCGAGACCCAGAUUACGCUCUACUCCAACGUCGUCUUGAUCACUUAGCGCCUUGCGAGAAGCGUCAGUACGGAGAAGACGCCGCCGAGCCAUCACAGCACCACAGAUGCAUUUUCUGUCAAGGCCCGCAUAUUGAAGACGCAUGCACUAAGCUUAGAUCCGUUGAGGAAAGAAGAUCCUUGGUGCGAGAUCGUAACUUAUGCCUCUUCUGUUUGGGCAAGACUUGCCCAAAACCUUGUCCCGAAAGAACGUCCUGCAAGUACUGCAAGUCACGUUCUCAUCACUACAGCUUGUGCCCGCUUCCGGAGGAACGAAGUUAUCUCGAAGACCAACUUGCACACUACCAGCAUUGA